CACGCGCCCCGCGAACUACCGCGCAGGAAAGCGCACAGAACCGUCAGCGGUCGCUAUCGGAAGGCACCCUGCUGGUUCCCCUUCCGCUCCACCCAAGGACUUCCGCUUUGAGCCGUCAAUAUGGACGCGGCGGCAGUCGGGCGGAGCGCCCUCUGAACAGCCACGGAGGCGCUGCUUCUAUGCGGCUGCAGUCGCGCUUCCCCGCCCCCCUCGCCUCCCCCCCUCUCCCCCCAGCUCCUCGCUCUGGUCCCUGGGGCCCGCAGGCUCAGCGCUACAUGGGGGCGGGCCUCUGCGGCCAGCGCUCGGUUUCCUGUUUAGAGGCUGCGGAGCCGUAGGCGGCGGCGUCUCAGCCCUGCGCCCGCUUCGGCGCGGCGACCGAGAGCCCGGGAGGCUCAAGGGCUCCGUUUUGUGCCGCUGUGCCGAACCUGGCUCUGCGCCGCCAUGGCUCCAGUGCAGCUGGAGAACCACCAGCUGGUCCCGCCCGGAGGCGGCGGCGGAGGUAGCAGCGGCCCCGCGUCAGCCCCAGCUCCUCCUCCCGCUGGAGCCGCCGUGGCGGCAGCCGCCGCGGCUGCGGCCAGCCCUGGCUACCGACUGAGCACUCUCAUCGAAUUUCUGCUGCACCGGGCCUACUCUGAGCUCAUGGUGUUGACGGAUCUAUUGCCAAGGAAAUCUGAUGUGGAAAGGAAAAUAGAAAUAGUACAGUUUGCUAGCCGGACACGUCAACUCUUCGUUCGAUUAUUAGCUUUAGUGAAGUGGGCUAAUAAUGCUGACAAAGUGGAAAAAUGUGCGAUGAUCUCAAGCUUUUUAGAUCAGCAAGCCAUCCUAUUUGUGGACACUGCUGAUCGCCUGGCCUCGUUAGCUAGAGAUGCUCUGGUCCAUGCACGCCUGCCUAGUUUUGCCAUCCCAUAUGCCAUUGAUGUACUGACUACUGGCUCCUACCCACGGCUGCCAACUUGUAUUAGGGAUAAAAUUAUUCCUCCAGAUCCAAUUACCAAAAUUGAGAAACAAGCCACACUUCAUCAACUUAAUCAGAUUCUUAGACAUCGGCUUGUAACUACAGAUCUUCCGCCUCAGCUGGCAAAUCUUACAGUUGCAAAUGGGCGUGUCAAGUUUCGAGUUGAAGGAGAAUUUGAAGCCACCUUGACAGUGAUGGGAGAUGACCCUGAUGUUCCAUGGCGUCUUCUCAAGCUAGAAAUUCUGGUUGAGGAUAAGGAAACAGGAGAUGGACGAGCUUUGGUUCAUAGUAUGCAAAUCAACUUUAUCCAUCAGCUGGUGCAGUCGAGGCUCUUCGCUGAUGAGAAACCUCUUCAGGACAUGUACAACUGUCUACAUUCUUUCUGCUUAUCACUUCAGUUAGAAGUGUUACACUCCCAGACUCUAAUGUUAAUCCGGGAGCGAUGGGGAGACCUUGUGCAGGUAGAAAGGUAUCACGCUGGAAAGUGCCUUUCCCUCUCUGUUUGGAAUCAACAGAUUCUUGGUAGAAAAACAGGGACAGCAUCUGUUCACAAAGUUACAAUUAAAAUUGAUGAGAAUGAUGUCUCCAAGCCUUUACAGAUUUUUCAUGAUCCUCCUUUGCCAGCUUCUGAUUCCAAAUUAGUAGAAAGAGCCAUGAAGAUUGACCACUUAUCAAUAGAAAAACUCCUGAUUGACAGUGUCCAUGCAAGAGCUCAUCAGAAGCUCCAGGAACUGAAGGCCAUUCUUAAAGGCUUCAAUGCCAAUGAAAACUCUUCCAUAGAGACUGCACUUCCAGCACUUGUUGUUCCCAUCUUGGAGCCCUGUGGUAAUUCGGAGUGCCUGCACAUUUUUGUAGAUUUGCAUUCUGGAAUGUUCCAGUUGAUGCUCUAUGGACUUGACCAAACCACUCUGGAUGACAUGGAGAAAUCUGUCAAUGAUGACAUGAAACGGAUCAUUCCUUGGAUUCAGCAACUUAAGUUUUGGCUUGGACAGCAGCGUUGUAAACAAUCUAUAAAACAUCUGCCUACAAUAAGCAGUGAAACAUUGCAGCUUUCCAAUUACUCAACUCAUCCUAUUGGAAAACUUUCUAAGAAUAAGCUGUUCAUUAAACUUACCCGACUUCCACAAUACUACAUUGUUGUAGAGAUGCUGGAGGUUCCAAAUAAGCCUACGCAGCUGUCAUACAAGUACUACUUCCUGUCUGUGAGUGCUGCAGAUCGUGAAGAUGGCCCUGUUAUGGCACUGCUGCUGCAGCAGUUCAAGGAAAACAUUCAGGACAUGAUUUUCCGGAAACCUGGGAAACAGACCAGAACUGGUACCAAGCGCAAGUUGUCUGAGGAUUCAUGUCCAGUAGAAUCCAAGAAAACCAAACGAUCAGGAGAAACGUGUGCCUUCAAUAAAGUUCUAGCUCACUUUGUUGCUAUGUGUGAUACAAACAUGCCAUUCGUAGGACUUCGGUUGGAGUUGUCCAAUCUGGAGAUCCCACACCAAGGAGUGCAAGUGGAAGGUGAUGGCUUCAGCCACGCUAUUCGCUUAUUAAAAAUUCCUCCCUGUAAGGGUGUAAAUGAGGAAACCCAAAAGGCUCUGGAUCGCUCUCUUCUUGAUUGCACUUUCCGAUUACAAGGUAGAAAUAACCGCACAUGGGUGGCAGAGUUAGUGUUUGCAAACUGUCCACUUAAUGGCACUUCUACCAGGGAGCAAGGACCAUCCCGGCAUGUUUACCUGACAUAUGAAAAUCUGUUGUCUGAACCUGUUGGUGGUAGAAAAGUGGUUGAAAUGUUCCUUAAUGACUGGAACAGCAUUGCACGAUUAUAUGAGUGUGUGUUGGAAUUUGCACGUUCUCUACCAGAUAUACCUGCUCAUCUCAAUAUUUUCUCAGAAGUUCGUGUUUAUAAUUACCGAAAACUUAUCUUGUGUUAUGGAACCACCAAGGGAAGCUCAAUUAGUAUCCAGUGGAACUCCAUCCACCAGAAAUUCCAUAUUUCUUUGGGAACAGUUGGCCCAAAUUCAGGUUGCAGUAACUGCCACAAUACCAUUCUCCAUCAGCUUCAAGAAAUGUUCAACAAAACACCAAAUGUGGUUCAGUUAUUACAGGUACUGUUUGAUACUCAGGCUCCAUUAAAUGCCAUUAACAAACUCCCCACUGUGCCGAUGUUGGGCCUGACCCAGAGAACCAACACUGCCUACCAGUGCUUCUCCAUUCUGCCACAGUCAUCCACCCACAUCAGACUGGCCUUCAGGAACAUGUACUGCAUUGACAUAUACUGCCGGAGUCGAGGCGUGGUGGCAAUACGGGAUGGUGCCUAUAGUCUUUUUGAUAACAGCAAGUUAGUUGAAGGUUUUUAUCCUGCACCAGGACUAAAGACGUUCCUGAAUAUGUUUGUUGACAGCAAUCAGGAUGCUCGGAGAAGGUCUGUAAAUGAGGAUGAUAAUCCCCCUUCUCCUAUAGGAGGAGAUAUGAUGGACUCUUUAAUAUCACAGCUCCAGCCGCCACCCCAGCAGCAGCCAUUUCCAAAGCAGCCGGGAACAUCAGGAGCUUAUCCCCUUACUUCACCCCCUACAUCUUAUCACAGCACAGUUAAUCAGUCUCCCUCUAUGAUGCACACACAGUCUCCAGGAAAUCUGCAUGCUGCCAGCUCCCCCAGUGGGGCUUUGAGAGCCCCAUCACCAGCGUCAUUUGUUCCAACUCCUCCCCCAUCCUCGCAUGGAAUCUCAAUAGGACCAGGGGCCAGUUUUGCUAGUCCGCAUGGAGCUCUCGAUCCUAGUUCCCCUUACACUAUGGUAUCACCAAGUGGACGAGCAGGGAACUGGCCAGGGUCUCCUCAAGUGUCAGGCCCUUCAACAGCCACACGUUUGCCUGGAAUGUCACCAGCUAACCCAUCACUACAUUCUCCAGUUCCAGAUGCUUCUCACUCUCCUCGAGCUGGAACAAGUUCCCAAACAAUGCCAACAAACAUGCCUCCACCUCGUAAACUACCUCAGCGCUCUUGGGCAGCAUCCAUACCAACCAUCCUCACUCACAGUGCCUUGAACAUUUUACUGCUGCCCUCGCCAACGCCAGGCCUUGUGCCUGGCCUGGCAGGGAGUUACCUUUGUUCCCCACUUGAGAGAUUCCUUGGAUCAGUCAUCAUGAGACGACACCUUCAAAGAAUUAUUCAACAAGAAACGCUACAGCUGAUAAAUUCCAAUGAACCUGGAGUGAUCAUGUUUAAAACUGAUGCACUAAAAUGCAGAGUAGCCCUUAGUCCCAAAACCAACCAGACCCUUCAGCUAAAAGUGACACCGGAAAAUGCAGGACAGUGGAAACCUGAUGAACUUCAAGUUUUGGAGAAAUUCUUUGAGACAAGAGUUGCAGGACCACCGUUUAAAGCCAAUACAUUAAUAGCCUUCACCAAACUAUUAGGAGCACCUACACACAUCCUCAGGGACUGUGUGCAUAUUAUGAAGCUAGAGCUGUUCCCUGACCAGGCAACACAGCUAAAAUGGAAUGUUCAGUUUUGCCUGACGAUCCCUCCCAGCGCACCGCCAAUUGCACCUCCUGGGACGCCUGCUGUGGUGCUGAAAUCCAAAAUGCUAUUUUUUCUUCAACUAACUCAGAAAACAUCGGUCCCUCCCCAAGAACCUGUUAGUAUUAUAGUUCCAAUCAUUUAUGACAUGGCUUCAGGUACAACCCAGCAGGCAGACAUUCCCAGACAGCAGAACUCUUCUGUUGCUGCUCCCAUGAUGGUCAGCAGCAUUCUGAAGAGGUUUGCAGAGAUGAAUCCACCACGACAAGGUGAAUGCACAAUAUUUGCAGCUGUUCGUGAUUUAAUGGCUAAUCUUACACUGCCCCCUGGUGGGCGUCCAUAGAUACUAUUGUUUUUAAACCAGGAAGGCUGACAAAUGAGACAAAACAACCAAAAAAAAGUCUGAAUUCAGCCUUCAGUUUAAAAAAGAAAAAGGACUUUUUUUUAUUUUAAGAGCUAACUAUUCUAAACUGGCAAAAAAUUUCAGGGUGCACUUCUUUCUUCAAAAAGAUCAUCAAUCUUUUGUAUAAUGAACUUGUAUAGUGUGUUUAAAUGGGACACGUUUCAAACUAGGUAAUAUAUCAGUGUCCACUUGCCAGUAAUAGAGUUAAUAUUCUGUUUUAUACUAUAAAGUUAUGAAAAUGCCAAACUUGUUUAUUUAAUUGUUUUCUUAUGUUUUGGGUGUAAUAGUCCUUUUUUAUUUUUGUUUUGUUUUUUAAGGCAGGUCUGUCAUUUUUGAAUACUGUAAAACUGUGAUAAACUUUAUAUUGAAGCUGUAUUUUAAUAUGACCGCUUUGAAUCCUUACAUGAAAAUGUUCUGGGAGUUGUUAUAAACACAUCCCAAAGAAGCAAUAUUUAAUAAAACUAGGUUAAAAAAAAAAGA